AUUUCAUUGUUUUCAAAAUGGCGUCGUAGUUACAUUAUUUACAUUUCGUAAAUAUGAAAAUAAAAAAAUUAAGCAGCAAUUGUGGUAGAAAAAAUGAAAAGAAGGAAACGGAAGAUGUAUAACGAAUGAGUUAGAGUGAACAUCGCAAGCACAACAUGGACGAAGAACCUUCAACAUCAGCUGGCAUUAAAUGUUCAAUACCAAAAGAAUUACAGGAUGAACUGGAUCUAAUAGCUGCAAAACUUCCACGAGAUACUGUAAAACCAUCAGAUUUAAGUGAGAAUCAGAAAAGAUGUUUGGUUGUUGGAAUAUGCCUCCAUAACGUCUUAGCACCAGCGUUGAGGACCCAUGUUAAAUCAAUUUUAAUAAGCCUUUAUAAACAACUAUCUUGUAACCAUAAGAUUGAUAGACAAAUAUAUUCAAAUCAUCUAAAACAAUACCAACCAACAACCUACCUGAAUUAUGAGAAUGUCAACAACAACAAGGCAAAUCAUGGUUAUAAAAGAGAAAACUACGACUACACGAUCAAAAAUGCCGUUGAUUUAUCCAAGCUAUUUUUACAGACACAUAUGGCACUUUAUACAGGGUUUGAUGACACAUGCGACUCAUCUGCUUUGCUAGGAUUGAUCACCAACAUUGACCAGUUUUCUGCAGUUGUAAAGACAGAUGCUGAAGAUGUACGAACAUAUAUACGGAACCAGUGGGCUCAUUGUGAUUACACUAAAUGGGAUGCUGUCAAGUACUCAACAUCAUUCCAGCUGAUGGAAAAGUUUGUCAGGGACAUCAAUAUGAGUCCAAUCGAUGAAAAUCAAACUCUAGGAUAUCUAAAUAAAUGGAAAACAAAAGGUCAAAGUAUUCUUACUACUCUUGGUUUUGAACUAGUAAAUGAGAUUCGUCAACAAACACAGGUGUUAGCUGAAUACACAAACUUGGUAUCAACAGAGACAGAUGAAACCAUCUUAAGGAUUAAGAAAGAACUUGAUAAUUUUGGAAGAAUUUUUCAAAAUAAAAAUGAUCAGUUAAAGGAACUUCAUAAUAAGGUGAUGGAUCAAGACGAAACACUAAAAAAUCACGAGUCACAGUUUGAUUCCCACAAUAUCGAGAUAGAGUCAUGGAAGGAGGAAAGUGAAAUGUUUGUUCACACACCUGUUGUAAAUAUGAUUUCACAGAUAAUUGAAUCAGAAACUAAUGUCUUAAUAGUAGGUGAACCGGGAAUCGAUUUUUUGCAAAGUCCUUUUCAAACAUACAAAGAGGAAUGGAACAAGUUAAAAUCUUUUGCUCAACACAAAUACUGCGCGCUGUUUUUAUGUGUGAUUCAUAAUGGCACCAUGAGAGAGUCAUUGUUUGACAUUUAUAAUGAAUAUAGCACUGAAAAUAAAUAUGUCAAUGAAAUUGUUUACGAAAUCUGCGGACUGAAACGUGGAACGUCUAGAAGUGAAAUGAAGGGGUUUUUUGACAGCCUUGUUGGAACUUAUUUUAAGAAAAUAGGAAACACGUAUAAAGUUAUACAUGACCAAAUGUUUGAUUUUAUGUUCUAUUAUUUUGGUAAGAAGGAUGAAAUGAUCAGAGGAAUAUUACGUUAUUCAGACAUCCGAGUUAUCAAUGACAGGACUCAAUUAGAGUCCUUGAACGAACAGCAUGGUGAAUUUACUAUAAUGAUAUCUAGGAAAUAUGAACAAGAAUACUUUAAAAGAAUUGAAAGUGAGUUAAAACUUGGAAAACUGAAUCGGUGUUUUUACAAUUCACAGAUGAAGUUUGAAAAAUAUAGAGCUUUCUUUCUCGAAACAUUAAAGUCUUUAGACGACAGCUUACUAUUGCAACAUAUAAGUAAGAAUAACAAUUUGCAGUAUGAAUCCACACAAACGUAUAAUAAAGAUGAUUUAGUAGCGACUGAAGGUUAUUCAGAUGAUGAGGAUAUGACAGAAGGACCUUUCAUAACAUCAUGCGUUGGAGGAUAUUAUGAUAUAGUUCAAUAUUUUAUUUCAAAAGGAGCUGAUAUCACACUUUGUGGACAGUUCUAUUCUCCUCUUAUAGCUGCCUGUGCAGGGGGAAAUGAAAAGAUAGUGCAGUUACUGAUAGACGAAGGAAGUGAUACAAACCAACCUUAUGGUAUAGGAUUUACCCCUCUUACAUUAGCGUGCGUUCAAGAGAAAGAGAAGAUAGUACAAUUACUGAUUAACAAAGGAUGUGAUAUCAACCAGAUUGAUGAUAUGGGACAGACACCUCUGAAAGCGUCUUGUUGGAUAGGAAAUGAGAACAUAGUACAGGUACUUAUUGACAAAGGGUGUAAUGUUAAGCAGGAGGAUGGUAUUGGGGAGACGCCUCUGUUUGCUGCUUGUAAAGGAGGAAACGAGAAAAUAUUAAAGAUACUUAUAGACAAAGGAUGUGAUGUUAACCAGCAUGCUGGUUUUGGAGAGACACCUCUGACGGCUGCUUGUAAGGGAGGGAAUGACAAAUUAAUACUCUUACUUAUAGACAAAGGAUGUGAAGUAAACCAGAUUGAUGGUAUGGGACAGACGCCUCUUACUUGUGCUUGUAGAGAAGGAAACGAGAAUAUAGUACAGCUUCUUAUCGACAAAGGAUGUGAUGUUAACAAGGAUGCUGGUAUUGAAGAGACACCUCUGACGACUAAAUUCUGGCCAGGCAAUGGACAGUUAUUACAUUUACUUUUAAACAAAGGAUGUGAUGUUAAUCCGGAAUGUGAUAUCGGAAAGACACCUCUGACAGCUGCUUGUAGGGGUGGAAACGAAAAGAUAGUACAGCUUCUUAUAGACAAAGGAUGUGCUGUUAACCAGAUUGAUGCUAUGGGACAGACGCCUCUGACGAGUGUUUGUAAAGAAGGAAACGAGAAAAUAGUACAGCUACUUAUAGACAAAGGGUGUGAUGUUAACCAGGUUGAUGGUACUGGACAGACGCCUCUGACACGUGCUUGUAAAGAAGGAAACGAGAAGAUGGUACAUUUAUUUAUAGACAAAGGAUGUAAUGUGUAUCCGGAAUGUGCUAUUGGAGAAACACCUCUGUUAGCUGCUUGUAGGGGAGGAAACGAGAAGAUAGUAAAGCUUCUUAUAGACAAAGGAUGUGAUGUAAACCAAGUUGGUCGUGCUCGUGAAACACCUCUGACAAUUGCUUGUAGCGGAGGAAACGAAAAGAUAAUACAGCAUCUCAUAGACAAAGGAUGUGAUGUUAACCAGAUUGGUGGUAUUGGGGAGACACCUCUAAUAGCUGCUUGUAGGGAAGGAAACGAGAAGAUAAUAAAGCUUCUUAUAGACAAAGGAUGUGAUGUAAACCAAGCUGGUCGUGCUGGUGAAACACCUCUGACAAUUGCUUGUAGCGGAGGAAACGAAAAGAUAAUACAGCAUCUCAUAGACAAAGGAUGUGAUGUUAACCAGAUUGGUGGUAUUGGGGAGACACCUCUAAUAGCUGCUUGUAGGGGAGGAAACGAGAAGAUAGUAAAGAUACUUAUUGACAAAGGAUGUGAUGUUAACCCGGUUGAUGUUACAAGGUUGACACCUCUGACAGCAGCUUGUAAGGGCGAAAAUGAGAAAAUAGUACAAUUACUUAUUGACAAUGGAGUUGAUGUUAACCAGGCUGAUCGUGACAACGAUACACCUAUGAUAAUUACUUGUAAGUCGAAAGGAAAUGAGAAAAUAGCACAGUUACUUAUCAACCAAGGAGUUAAUAUAAAUCUUAGUGAUGGUUCACGACAGACUGCCCUUACUGCAGCUUGUAAAGUUGGAAAUGAGAAGAUAAUACAGUUACUUCUAGACAAAGGAGUUAACGUCAAUGCAAAUGACAUGCUGGGACAGACACCUUUGACCGUUGCAUGUAGAAGAGGACAUUAUAAACUUGUACAACUUUUGAUAGACCAAGGAGGUGAUGUUAACAACCCUUUCGAUAUGUCAGAAACACCACUAAUUGCUGCCUGCGUCGGAGGAUAUGAAAAUAUAGUACGGUUAAUAAUACAUCAUGGAUAUAAUCUUAAUCGGACUACUGAUGCAUCAUUAACACCUAUGACAGCUGCUUGUUGGGGUAGAAAUGAAAAGAUAUUCCAGUUAUUGAUAGAGAAGGGACUUGAUCUUAAUCAGGCUGACUGCUAUGGAGAUACACCUCUGAUGGCAGCAUGUCUGUGUGGAAGUUAUGAAAUAUUACAAAUGCUGAUAGACAAAGGAGUUUAUCUAGAUCAGACCACUGGAGAGGGGUUGACACCUAUUACAGCUGCUUGUGGGGCAGGAUGUGAGAAGACAGUGAAGUUACUGAUAGACAAGGGCGUUGAAAUUGACGAUGCUGACUUUAUGGGACAAACACCUCUGAUAGCUGCUUGCUUUGAAGGACAUGUAGAGAUAGUACAGUUACUUAUAGACAAAAGAUGUGAUGUUAACCAGACUGAUUUUUUUGGGAAUGAAACACCUCUAAUAGUUGCCUGUAUGAGAGAAAACGAUUAUAUUGUUAAAUUACUGAUAGACAAUGGAGCUGAUGUUAACCAGGCUUCUGAGAAUGAUUAUAAAAAAACUCCACUAAUGAUUGCAAUCUCUCGAGAACAUAGGAUGAUAACACAGUUGUUGAAAGGGAAAGGAGCCGGGGUUAACAAUCCAUAAAGAUAGAAAUAUAACCUUGAGUCUUAUCGAAGUAAGUUCCUCGAACAAUGGAUAACAUUGGCAUCUUUGGCGCAUGAUUUCGGACUUUGAUAGCAGAAAGUCCUAAAGUUGAAGCUAUGACUGUCGUGUAUCUCACAACAAAACAUUCAUUUAAAAAACGCUUAAGCAAAAUCAAUGUUUGCCCAUGAUAAUCAUUCAGAAAUGCAUGCAAUAGAAAUAUUGAUUGCUUUAUGGUUGACGCCACUGUAUUCACUAUUUGUGGUCAUAUUUUGAUAUGGACACCGUAGCCUCCUGAACUGCUGAAUCUGAGCUUUUAAAACAUUAUUUUGAGAAUGAACUUAUUUUUUCAAUAUAAACGAUCUAAAAUAUGACUCAACAUUUAUUAUUCUUAAUAUAGCAAAUGCUAAUGUAUUUCAGUGUCUAACAGUGUCAGAAUAUAAAGGAUGUAUAAUAAUUUAACUAGGUAAAGUACAGACUAAGUUCUGUACCAUGGAUAGCAUAACUGUCAUGUUUCCAAGCUGCAUAAUGUCUCAUUGUUAUAUAUCAUCUUUUCUGCCUAUUUUACAUUAACUGUCCUUAAUUUAUAACAAAAAGAGUCAGUGAUGAUGUAAAGAUAGGUAAAAUAUAUUAUGUCUUUGGUAUAAUAUAUUUUGUUAUAUUUUAUGUAUUUUAAAGAUUUGCAAAAUUUUGUACUGGUUGAUGGUAUUGGCAUAUAUGCAA